AAUAGUGCAGACUAAACUCAGCUUUUUAAAAGAUUAAAGAUUACCAUAGUGUGAGUGGUUUUCUAAUUUUACAGAAGCUUCUAGAGCUUCUGCUAUAUUUGUAUAAACUUUGAAAGCCCAAGGUGAUACUUCUGUGUGAUGAUGAAGCAUCAGAGGAAGAUUUUAGUUGAGGACUAUAGACUAGAAUGUUUAUAAAAUUUACUUUAGGCUUUACUUGCAUGUGCUUCUUAUGUAAAUAGAGUAUAUCUGGCAUAAAAGAUACCAUAAUAACUUACAUUUUUAUACACUUCAAGGUUUACAGAGAUUUUCUUACUACAACCAUGUGAGAUAUGUAGUACAAGUAUUAUUAUCCCCACACUACAGUUAGAUAGACUCUAUAGGAAAUAAAUUUUGUUUAUAUUUGUGACUUAAAUACACGGGUCAUUUUUUAAUAAAGCAUUUUUUUUCAAUAGAGUCCUCAUUGUGUAACUGUAACAAAUCAGUUACCAAAAGUUUCCAACAUGAUCUCUCUUCAGUCAACUGGUAUUAGGUAUUCUAACCAAAUAUCUAACAUCAAGGACUGUAAUUCACCAGAGUCAAUGCCCCUUACCAGUUGUGUAAUUCCUUCCUUAAAUAUCAAACCCUCACAUUUGCAGCAAAAAGAAAUUAAGAAGGAAUAUUUCUUAAAAGAAAACAACAAUAUUGAAAAGAAGGAUGCUAAGAACCUUAAAAGGAAGCAUACUACAGCCAGUCAUUUGUCAAAGCAAACAAAGCGUUGCUUCACGAUGGAAGAAUUUGGAAAUGGAAUUGAAACCAAAUAUCAAAAUUCAGGAGAGACAAGAGCUCUUGAAAACCCAGUCUGCGAUGUCAGAUCUUUGGGAACUGUAGACAAAAAUCAGCUGAUGGAAAAGCUAAAACAAGCAGCUGCUCUAGUAGUCACAAUAAUCUAUCAGGAUGGGUCAUCCCAGCUAAAACAUUACAAGGAGGAUCUAAAUUCAUUGGUAAAAGGAAUCAUUAUUUUAAUAAAGAGUCCACUGGACAACAGCAGUCAUCCCUUUAGUUCAUCAGGCACAGACCUACCUAUAAUGGAUGAAUUUACCAAAGAUGAUAGGUAUAUAUACUUAAAAAUAGAACAUGAUAAUCUUUGGAGACAAGAGCAAGAGAUGAGUAAUCAAUUUGCCAGAACAGUGCUGUUUCAAAUACUAAAAUCUAAAUAUACUGUUGUAUGCUUUAAUGCUAAAGAGUUUGUGAAAACAGUGCUCCAAGUUUGUGGCAGUUAUGGUCAUUGGAAACAAGUUGCUGAUUUUGUGGUGUUAGAUCCCAGAAUUGCAGCAUGGCUUCUUGAUCCUAGUGAUACUCUUUUCUCCUUUGAAGAUUUAGUAAGGAAAUAUUUUGAAGAAUCAGUCACAAUGAAAAUGAAUAAUACAAAUGGAGGUUCUUCACACAAUAUGGUGAACCUAUGUUCAGAUUUGAGGAUCCUUUACAGACUUACAGUGGAUCUUUGUUCUAAAUUAAAGGUUUGUGGUCUGUGGCAAUUAUUUUAUACUUUGGAACUUCCUCUGAUACCCAUUUUGGCAGUGAUGGAAACCCAUAAAAUUCAAGUGAAUAAAGAAGAAAUGAAGAGAACAUCAAAACUUCUUGGGUUUCAUUUAAAGGAAUUGGAAAAAGAAGCCCAUGUUGCUGCAGGAGAGCAGUUUCUUGUUACUAGCAAUAAUCAACUUCGAGAGGUAUUAUUUGACAAGUUAAAGCUGCACUUGCUGUGCAAAAGUAAGACUGUCGCCCAAACCGAACUACAGAAACAUCUGUCGACAUCAGAAGCCACGUUAAAUGCUUUGCAAGAUCUUCAUCCUUUACCCAAGAUCAUUUUAAAAUAUAGGCAGAUUCAUAAGGUCAAAUCAACCUUUGUGGAUGGGCUGCUGUCAUGCAUGAGAAAGGGGUUUGUUGCAUCAACAUGGAAUCAGACUGGAACUGUGAGUGGCAGACUUUCAGCCAGGAAACCUAAUAUCCAAGGGAUCUCUAAGCACCCGGUCCAGAUCACUAUACACCAAUAUGAACAAGGGAAAGAAGAUGAAAAAACAACUGUUUCUCCCAGAGCAAUGUUUAUAUCUUCCAAAGGCUAUACCUUCCUAGCAGCAGACUUUUCACAGAUUGAAUUGCGCAUCCUUGCCCACCUCUCUUGUGAUCCAGAACUUCUGAAGCUUUUCCAGGAACCAGAGAGUCUUGAUGUGUUUAUGAGCCUGACUUCUCAGUGGAGAGGAAUUCCUCUUGAACAAGUCACAUACGUGGAGAGGGAACAGACCAAGCGAGUUGUAUACUCAGUGGUGUAUGGAGCAGGCAAAGAACGACUUGCUACUUGCCUUGGAGUAACUGCUCUUCAAGCCAGUCAGUUUAUAGAGAGUUUUCUCCAGAAAUACAAGAAAAUCCAUGACUUUACCCGGGAAACAAUCAUGCAGUGCCACCACAAAGGAUAUGUGGUUUCCAUCAUGGGACGCAGAAGACCCCUGCCAAAUAUUUAUGCAAAAGAUUACCGACUGAGGACUCAGGCAGAAAGACAGGCAGUAAACUUUGUGGUCCAAGGUUCUGCUGCUGACCUCUGCAAAAUGGCCAUGAUCAAGAUAUUUGCUUCAAUAGCCACUUCUCCAAAGCUGACAGCCAGGUUGCUUGCCCAAAUUCAUGAUGAACUAUUGUUUGAAGUGGAGGACUCACAAAUUCCUGAAUUUGCAGCACUUGUCAAAGAGACCAUGGAGUCACUGCAGAGCAUCCAGGCCAAAGGACUGUAUCUGAAGGUUCCCCUGAAAGUGAGCCUCGCCACGGGCCGGUCGUGGGGCUGCCUGAGCCCCUUCCCGGAGGUGGCGCCCGGUGCUGCCCAGCACAGCCCGGCCGGCCUCGGUCACUAGGUCAACAGCGGCCCCCGUGGAGCCCCAGCAGCACCUCGAGCUCUGCGGGUGCAUUUCUCGGCUUCAUUAUGUCUGUAGCCCCAGGCAACCGCAGCGGCCUGAGACUGGUUUGUACCAGCGCAUUGUCCUGCGCUGGCCGGGGUAGCCGGCGGGGAGCGACUUUUGUUCCUGGCCACACCGCGCAGCCGAGAGGUGGAGCCAGCUGCCCUCCACCUUUGAUGGUCAGCCUCCUGCCUCCUAGACGUGCCUCAUCACCCCCCAGGCACUCGCGUGAACAUCCCAGGGGUGACCGUGGCCGGCUCACGUAACCUCUGGCAGCAUCAAUUUCCUGGUCCAAAAGAUGGGGACGAUAAUCCCUGCACCACCUCCCUCACCGGGUUGCUGGGAGGAAAGAGCUUUGCAAACCUUAAAAGGGAGUGAGUCUCCUUUAUUCUAGAAUGGUUUCAGUUUGGUAUGAGGGUGGAUGCAGAGCUGCUCGGCCAUUGUCCCUCAAAUGUCCCUGAGCGCUCGGCCUCGAGGAUCGGUCGGUCAGCAGACAUGCAGCAAACAUGGUGCUGGUUUGCUGAAGCGAUCACCCUCCUCUCCCUCCCCCUCUCCUGGAGGAAAUCCCCACACCUUCCCGGCAAAAUUCUCUUGGCUCCGUAAAGCCACUGGAUCGUCGAUUAUAGUGACUGGCAUUUUCAUAGCACUCUGGGUUUGCAAAGCAUUUGCCGCAUCUCUCUAGAUCUUAACUGCCCUGUGAGGCGGGCCCUGCGGAUAUUCUUAUCUCCAUUUGUCAAAUGAGGAAACUGAGGCUGAAAGAGGUUAAGCGGCUUGCCCACAGGGGUCCAGAUCUUUCCCCACCCCAUUUUCAGCACUACGUACAGUGUACCAACCAUAUUAAGUGAGGGUGGGUGACAAUCUCCCUUUGAGCAUAACAGAGACAACCAUUGGAAAAACUCAGUGUGUGCAGCUGUGUGUACCCCGGGCGUCUGCCAACAGUUUCCAGGGCAAAACUGCCCUGCUUGGGUUUCAAACCACGGCGCCACAGAGGAGUCUGGGGGCGGAAUGUUUGGCUUUCAUUUGACUUUUGUGUUUUGCUGAGUGUGUGUUCAUAGGUGUAUCCUUGGCCUUGUUUUUUUGCUCCCUUUUUUCCUGUGAACCAGAGAACCUGUUUACCCUCAGCAGUGUGAGCCUCACGUGGGCUUCUCCUGCCCAGAUUUCCCUUCAUCCUUCCCUAGCCUGCCUUGGGGGCCAUACCCCAGCUUGUUUGUUCACCAGCCCCCAUCUUCACCCCACUCUGUUCUUUGUGACAAAUAA